ACUGGUCGUUUCCUUUCUGGCAUCAUGGCUGAGAUCGAAUGGUGGAGGUGGGUGGGGCUCUCAGUGUUCCUCCAUGUACUCCUCUUGGUCCGGCGGUCCUUGGGGCUCCCCUUGGUGCACCCGCUCCGGGCGGCGGUGGACCGCGUCAACGAACGUGGGCCGUUCAUCAGGCUCGUGAUGGCGUACUCCACCGAGGCCCAGGCCGUCCGAACCUCCGGCGAGUUCGUCCCCGAUUCCGAUGUCCCUUCGCUCGACCUCUACGGACGACGAUUUCAUAUCGGGACCAUUCGAGAUGUAGAUGUGAUUUCGGUGAAGUCAGGCCAAAGAAGGGUACUUACUCGAAUCACAGUGCAGAUUCUUCUUGAUGUGUUUGAUAUCAGGGGAGUCGUUCACUUUGGGAUAGCUGGAAGUGCUAAUGAUUCAUUGUCCUUUGGUGAUGUUAGCAUCCCCAAGUUUGUUGCUUUCACAGGAUCGUGGACAUGGACGAAAUUCAAUUCAGUGAAAGGGUCAUCUCCAGACUUGUCCUUUGGGGAAUACAACAUUCCAUCACAGAGUAAGAGCUGGCUAUCAAGUGUUGAAUACAAGACCGAGGAACUGUUCCUAGUUGGCAAAGGGAUGGAGCUUGUGUUCUGGCUAGAAGUGGAUACAGAAUGGUUCCAAGUUGCAGAAAAGCUUCAGGUAGCACUACAAAAGUGUGUCAAUGAAACCUAUUGCUUGCCAGAGACUCCAAAAGUAGUGUUUGGAUUGAAAGGGUCAACCGAUGACAUAUUUGUGAACAAUGCCGCUUAUCGGAAGUUUCUUUUCAAAGAAUUUGGUGUCUCAACAAUAGAUGAGGAGAGUGCUGCUAUUUUGAUGACGGCCAUGUCACCUGGUGUACCUGUAAUCGUAUUUCGUGGGGUAUCAGAUCUGGCAGGAGGAGAAGAAAGUUGGUCAUCCACCGAUCUAAGUGACUUGGCUUCUAUAAAUGCCUUCAGAGUAGCAGUAGAAUUUAUAGCAGCUACUGGGAGGGAAAAAUCAUCAGCUUAUGCCUAAGGAAAUGAUAUAAUCAAAGUGCUCAUUGCUAUGAUCAACCUUUUAUGAAUGUUUUUGUAAUAUUUAGUCCAUUCUUUUCUAUCACAAAACUUAAAAAAAUCACAUAUUAGAUAGAAAUGUUUGUAACUGAAGUACUUAAGGUCAUUAUUUUA